CACUGAGCGAGCUCCGAGCCAUGGCCAAAGCUGCUGGGGAGGAGUGCCCCAUGUUCACCCCACCCGGAGGAGAGACACUAGCCCAGGUGAAAAUGCGUGGAAAAGAUUUCUUUGAAUUUCUUUGUCAACUAGUCCUGGAAGAAGCAGGUCAAAAAGAGCAGUUUUCCCCAGGAACUCGAAGCACCUCUCUGGAAACUUGCUUGACAGAGGUAUUUCCCUUAGGAAAAAGCAGCAACUCAGAGUUUAAUGCUGGCGGUGGCGGCCCAGGAUUGGCAGCCAGCGUCCUAGUUGUCAGCCAUGGUGCUUUCAUGAGGAACCUGUUUGAUUAUUUUCUGACUGACCUCAGAUGUUCCUUACCAGCAGCUCUGAGCAAAUUUGAACUUACAUCAGUGAGCCCCAACACUGGGAUUAGUCUCUUUGUCAUACACUUGGAGGAAGGGCGACAGCCAGUGAUUCAGUGUGUCUGUAUGAACCUCCGGGAACAUCUGAACAGAGUGACCGAAGCCCACUGAGUUUAAGUCUAAUCAAGAUCAGUUUUGAGGCUCCAGAGGGAGUGCCUUUGCCUUGCUGUAUUUCCGUCCUCUGCUAGUGCCGACUGGGAGACAGUUAAAAACCAGGUUAUAAAGUUCCAUUGACAUCAUAGCCCUAUCAGACAGCAACAGAAAGCCAUUGAGAAAAGACCUGUUUUGUCCGGAUGCAGAUGGCAUUUUCCCAAAUAACCUUACCACCCUUCUCUGGUAGGUUACAUCUCUGGAUUGUGAAUGGGUGAAGGAACUCUGUAUUGCAAGUUGGGGGAUUAAUAACCUUGUUUCUUUAUUUUUUGUAAUGCCUUGUCUGUGUUAUUGGCUCUUAGUCAGACACUGUUUUUUACUAUGUCAUCCAGUGUGGAAAAGAGAAUGAUUUCUAAUUCCCACUACAUGUUUACAGGACUACAGGUGAUUUUCAAAAAGUCUUUUCAAUGAAAGCUUCCUGCGUUCAUAAGUUUAUGUGAAGUAAAAUGAUGAAAGGCACUGGAACGUUUUACAUAGAAAUCAGCUGUUGAAAUUUCUUUAUUCGAGGGUUUGAAAUACCUAUGUGUGUAGAUUGUGUUUGUGGAACAGAAAGAAGUUAAGUCAUCACUCAAUUAAAAUGCGUCACAGAAGCAAUCUCUGAGCAGAAGGCAAAAGCAGCUUUUUGUAAGCGACAGCUUGCAAAAGGCAAGUCAGUGGAAACCAGAAAAAAGAAAGACAAAAAGAUUGAUGCAGAGAAACGAGAGCAGUGUUCACUCGCUUCCUAUCUGACCUGUAGGCUGAAAAUGUUCCAGUUUGAGGCAGGCUUUAAAGAAAGUAAAUGGUUCAUAGGACCCCAAAUAAUAACGUCAGAAUGAGAAAGACAAAGCUUCCUUAAAAAGCAGGGUGGGUUUUUGUGGAAGGUGCGCAUGAAGUUGCCUCCCCGUUCCACUAGAGGGCGCUGGAGGAAAGGGAUUUUGAUUAAGCUUAUCCUGUAUAUGAGAUCGGUCCUUGGUAAGUCUGCAUCGGAAUGAAGAGUGUCUUACAUGUAGUUCACACGUCAGUCACCAUGCUGGCGAAUCUGGCGGGUCUCAACUCAUAAGAGGAUCAAUGCUAAACUUGUCAGUUAUGGCUGGCAUCACCUGUGAUCAACAUCUCCUUCAGACAUUUGAAUCGCACGGAGUUCAGUGUUAAACCAUCCUCAGUGUGUCCAGUACUGCCAGCUUCUCUGUCAGUCCUGGAAGAGGGCAUGAAUUUGAGCACCGGAGGAAGUACACUAUAAAUAAAAACCUGAAAAAAUUACUGAAAAGGACAAAGCCGUCCAGAAGUACAGCUUUCCUUUUGUAAAGACAUAAAGCAUUAGGUGUAGUAGUGCUCCCUUUAACCAGGCCUCAUUGCACUGUCCCUGCACGGGUGGCCUCAGAGCGAGUCUGUGCGUCCUCCCCUUUAUUACACUUCUCCAGAGUCUAAGGCCACGGUCUGAUCCGAGGCUUUAAAGAUGUACGUAAAUCUCAUCAAGCUGUGUCCUUUAUUUUUAUCUACCAUAUAUUGGGGUGCUGUCUGUGUUAAUAUGUAUGGACCUAUUUAAU